AUGAUUUACUUGUAUAUAUAUUUAAAAAAUUCAAGCAAAGUGCAGUCAAAAAAAUUUAAUAUUUUACAUGCAAUUUAUUAUUAUAAAAUUCCAAAAACUAUUAUAUGCGCCAUCGAAAGUGGAGCCAAUAUCACAAUAACGGAUUCUUUUAAUGAAGGAGCUCUUCAUUUGGCUGCAAAACAUAAAUUGAAAGAAGUAGCCGAGCAUUUGAUUUCACAUGGUUUAGACAUCAACGCAAAAGAUAAAAAUGGAAAAACUCCACUUCAUUAUGCAGCAGGAAAAAGUCUAGAUAUGGUAGAAUUCCUUAUUUCACAUGGUGCGGAUAUUAAUGCAACAACACGGUGCAAAGGAAAAAUAAGUGGAACAAAAAGGAGAAGAUGA